AUGUCUGCCCCUGGAGCUGGUCACGAAUUCCCCGCCAAAGCGGUCUCUUGGCAGAAGCGCGAUGUCCUGCUGUUCGCGAACAGCAUCGGCUGCAAAGCCGACGAGCUGCAGUUCCUCUACGAACUGCACCCCAACUUCUCCGUCUUCCCGACUUACCCGCUGAUCCUGCCCUUCAAGCUCACCGAUCAGGAGGUGACUGACUUCUAUGCGCGCCAGCAGGCCGUCCACAUUCCCGGUGUCCCUCAAUUGGAUCACCGCCACGGAGUCGAUGGCCAGCGCAAGCUGACCAUCUUGAAACCGCUGCCUCCUACUAGCGCUGGACGAAAGUUCGAGUUGCGCAACAAGGUCAUUGGUGUCUACGACAAGGGAAAGCCCGGUACCGUGAUUGAGACUGAGCAAUCGAUUGUGGAUGCGGAGACUGGCGAGGUAUACAACAAGGUUCUGUCCAGUGGCUUCUUGGUUGGCCAGGGCAACUGGGGUGGCCCUAAGGGUCCUUCCACUGUCAAUUUCCCUCCUCCCGAGGGUAAGGCCCCUGAUGCCACCCACGUUAUUCAGAGCACCAACGAGACUGCCCAUCUAUACCGUCUGAACGGUGAUUAUAACCCCCUGCACGCUACUCCCGAGCCCGGUCAGAAGAUGGGCUUCGGCGGAAUCAUCAUUCAUGGCUUGUUCAGCUGGAACUCUGCAGCCCACGGCAUUCUGCGUGAGCUGGGUGGUAGUAACCCCGCCAACCUUAAGGAGUUCCAGGCUCGUUUCGCGUCACCUGUUCGCCCCGGCGACAAGCUUACCACGGAGAUUUGGCGCAUGGGUAACACUCAGGCCGAUGGCUUCGACGAGAUUCGCUUUGUCACCAAGAACCAGACCGGCAAGGUUGUUUUGAGCAAUGGCCGAGCCCUGUUGAAGGUUAUUGGACCAAAGAGCAAGCUUUAA